UCGUACUAGCGCCAGCCAAGCAAACGUGGCCCACAGCCAGUGUGGGCGCUAGCAAUAUUGCCCUCGAACCGCAGCUUCCUCGCGACAACCCGACUCUAACCCACAGGAAGAAAUUCACCAAAUUCGCCCAACAUGGUCAAGAAGCGAGCAUCCAACGGUCGUAACAAGAAGGGUCGCGGCCACGUCAAGCCCAUCCGCUGCUCCAACUGCUCGCGAUGCACUCCCAAGGACAAGGCGAUCAAGAGAUUCACCAUUCGCAACAUGGUUGAGUCCGCCGCCAUCCGUGACAUCUCCGAUGCUUCCGUCUUCCCCGAGUACACCGUUCCCAAGAUGUACCUGAAGCUCAUGUACUGCGUCUCCUGCGCUAUCCACGGAAAGAUCGUGCGUGUUCGCUCCCGCGAGGGACGCCGCAACAGGGCGCCUCCUCCUCGCGUCCGCUUCAACAAGGAUGGAAAGAAGAUCGUCCCCCAGGUCGCAGCUAAGACCACCACCGCCUAAACGUUUGACAACGGUGUCUGGGAGUGAAUGAUCAUGGCGCUUGGGUCUACGGGUCUUACGAAGCCUCACACUCUGGUACACGAGUAACAUCGUAUGAGACGAGGCAGGCUACAUGUGACGAUUUAUGGUUGCAACUUUGCUCAAAAAGAAUGCAAACAGCAUCAGGGCUGGCCAUGAGCUAGUAAACGAUAUCCAAGUCGAUUGUAUCAG